CUGCGGCGAUCAUUAUCCACAAUCGAAGUGAAAAGAUAAAACAAAAAGUUUUUCGCUCGUUAGGGCCACCGUGCUUUGAAUGUGCUAAACGAAAUAAAACUCAUAUUCAUAAAUUAAACCAAGCUCCUGGGAGCAGCAUCCUACCUAACAGAAAAAAAGUGUUUCCAAAACAAAGAAGAUUAUGUUUAUGUGUGUGCUGGGUGCAAACAUCAAUGUGAAGGUGUGAAAAACCGUCGUUAAUUGUCUCGCCGCUGACCGGAAGCCACCCCUCCCAAUCCUCUUUUGGUGGAAACUGUGCGGUAGCCUGUGUGUUGUGGUUCCAAACAGUGCAAACGAGAUAAUGGUUGUGGUGGACGAAAAUGCUCCAGCUUAAAACAAUGAAUCCCGUCAUUACUUAAUCCGCGAGGUGUUUUAAUUCGAAGGUCAGCUGCCCGCAGCUCAGUGGAGGCAAAACAUUUCGAACGACGGCCGCGCUGCGGGGUGAAAAAUGUAAUAAAAAACGUCGACUUAAGAGUGACAUAAGCUGGGGCUUGCUCGCACAAAUCAAUUCGGGUUUCGAGUGACAAUAUCAGGAGCACAGCCGGGAGCGAGCUCGCGAGCAUUGAAUGUGAACGAUGAAGGUGUUAAGAUUCAUUUGCUGCUGCACGAUAAUCGGCAUCGUCGGAUCGACAGCGGCGGAUCAGUCGACAAAGGAAAGAAUUAGGAUCCACAAGGAGUGGCUUGAAAAACGUGCCGCCAAGCGUAACUAUGGUAAUGCCAGUUCCACCCCGAGGACAACCUACUUGCGAAAGCUAAUCAAAUUCAAAAACGAACACGAGCCUCUGUCGGAGAAUGACAUUUCCUUUGUACCACAAUUCAGCCAACCGAACAAAGAAAACGACGAGUCGAGCAACGUUAAUAACAAUCAUAUCAGCGUCAAUAGCAGUGCUGUUCAGGACAAUGAGUACGGAUUAACCCGAGCGGAAUCGCCCACUAAUGUUGAAAUCACUACCGAACCGGAAGGUGACAUCCAACGUGGACCGGCUGAUCGAUACCGCUAUGAUGUAGCAGCUGAUAGUAAUUUAUUCGGCAGCGGAAAGCAACAACCUCUGCCCCAGGCCCACCUGCUCGACAAUCAAACGAAUGAAUUGGAACCAUCCAACGAGAUUCCGUUGCUGGGGACACCUGCUUCUGCGGAUGGUUUUCUAGUGCAGAAACAACAUCAGCACGGUUCACCAACGGAGCAAAUUAAUUCUGUAACCAGUAUAAAUUAUCCUGCCAAAUCUGCACGACCGGGACGCAUAAAUGAUGAUUUGCCAAGACCAGUGACGGAUAAUGUAAGCCACAAUUAUAAUUUAAGCAGCAGUGUUCAUAGGAGCACCACAACCAGCAGCUCUGCCGUGCGGAAACCCGAGCGGCAUCCGGCCAUAAUUAAUAAUGAAACCACCGACGAUAAGAGCAGUGCGUCUUUCUCGACAGUGGCAACAGUUUCGACCACGACGUCGUCGGUUUCCGCCGACGUUGUGGAGGAGAAAAAUCGAUUAGACAAAAGCCAUUCGCCCCAGCAGCAGCAGCAGGUGAAUGCGACCGUAAGGAGCGUUUUUGGUCCCUGGAGUAAUUGGACUGCCUGUUCCAGAUCCUGCGGUGGCGGUGUCAAAUCUCAGCAGCGGAAGUGCUGGCGACGGGAAUAUAUCAAUGGGAAAAAGAGCUCCAAGACUGCGGUCGAAAGCCACGACUGCAUAGGCAUUGUUAGACGCUAUCACCUCUGCAACGAACAGGAAUGCCCCGAUCCGACGGUGGAUUUUCGAGAACAGCAAUGCACCAGCUUCAACAAUCAGGUAUUCCAGGAUAAACGAUACAUCUGGGAGGCAUUCAUCAAAGACGACGCCGAGUGUGAGCUGAACUGUAAACCGAUCGGGAUGCGUUAUUUUGCCACACUAAAUAAAACCGUUAUCGACGGUACAGCGUGCAGCAAACCAACCGAGUACUUUCGACGGAACAACAGUGGCCGGGGAAUCUGCGUGGAAGGAAUCUGCAAGGCUGUUCACAAUAGUGGCGUGAUAUCUGGAACGUUUAUGAAUAAUGGUGCGGUGCGGUGUGGCACAUCUGCCGUCUGUCGGCCAUUUUCCGCCAUCUACACCAAAAGCCAGCAGGCCAACGGGUAUGCCCAUGUGGCCACCGUUCCAGCGGGGGCAUAUAAUAUCACCGUAACAGAGCUGCAGAACAGUCAAAACUAUCUUGCCCUCAAAACAUCAGACCAAUCACGAUUUAUCAUCAACGGUGACUACACCAUUUCACUGAGUGGAUUCUACCAGGGAGCCGGCACUAUGUUCGAGUAUCGCAGAAUAGAUGGCCUCAAUAAUGGAUCCACCAGCAGCUUCCGCAGAAUUGAAGGCGUUACCGAGUGGAUAACAGCCCCCGGGCCACUGACGGAGCCCAUAGAGUUGUACCUUCUUUCGCAGCAGCCCAAUCCCGGUAUCAAGUAUGAGUAUCUUAUGCCAAUCAACACAAACCCAACCGAGGAACAAGGAUCCGUCGAAGACAAUCGGGUUGAUGGAAUUUCAAAUGAAAUCUCAGAAAAAGCGAGUCUUCGUGUACCGAAGCACCGAACCAUCGUGAACACUACGAUUCCGGUGAGUACUUCUAAGCCCCUUCGUAAGCGCAAAUUUCUAUGGAAAGUGAUAGGAUUCGGAGCAUGCAGCAAGUCUUGUGGUGGCGGUGUUCAGCAACCAGUAAUCAAAUGCGUCCGCGAAGCACCAACCCGCGUAUUCUCCCCAAAAAGAUGUGCUCAUCUAACACAACCAUCGCUGAAUGAGAAUGUAUUACGAUGCAAUACUCAGCCCUGUCCAGCUUAUUGGAAACUAUCAGAAUGGAGCGCAUGUAACUGUGAGGAAAAGCUAGGCGACAAUGAAGUCUUUAAAAAUCGUGAGGUCAAAUGCGUGCAGGAACUGAUUUCUGGUAUAGUCAUUCAAGUCAGCAGUGGAGCUUGUUUAGAAGAACAACCCACUUCGGCUGAGCAGUGUGAAUGUGUCAAGAAUCACAAACCUCCACAAUUGGAGACUAACAAACAUCGCCCAACGGUCAUAAACCACCAUCACAGUCAUCACCACAAUCACCAUUCCAUUAGCCACAACACUCAGAAUGACAUGCAAAACAGCAACGGAUAUGGCCGACAGAGUUUGGACACCAGUCGAGUUAAUCAAAAGGUUGAGCCGAAGAAGUCUGGUGUUUGGUUGACAGCCGACUGGAGUGAACGAUGUUCCGCAAACUGCGGUGUUGGACUGCAGACUCGUUCGAUAUUUUGCGACCGAAGUACAUCAGUCAAUGCCGAGCGAUGCGAUCUACGAUUUACACCAGAUACUACAAGAGAAUGUACCAGUGAUCGUGCUUGUGAGUUCGGAGAAUGGUUCACCGGCCCGUGGGGAUUGUGCUCUGGCGAUUGUUUCAAUCUCACCAAAUCUCGAACGGUUCUGUGCAUCCGAAACGACAACUUUGUACCGGACAAGGACUGUGAUGCGACCGAACGUCCGAAGUCUUUAGAACAAUGUGACAUCGAAACGAUUAACGACUGCAAACCAAGAUGGCACUACUCGGAAUGGACUGAGUGUUCCAAAACAUGCGAUGGCGGUAAUCAACGCCGGGUGGUCAAAUGUCUGGAGUUCAAUCUGCGGGAAAAGAUCAUGCAAGAAUCGGCCAGCUGUCGUUACGCAGAUCGUCCAAUAGCCUAUCGAGUUUGCAAUGAGGAUCCUUGUCCUACUACGACUUCGACCACCGCUACGACAGUGAUCGCGUCAAUGGAACCGUACGUGGACGGUCGUGAAGAUAUCGCUCAGAGCGAUGCUGGCUGCCGUGACGAUUUUCCCAACUGUAGCAUUGUCCUCAAAGCCAAGCUCUGUAGUUAUGCGUACUAUAGCCAGGCUUGCUGUCAGACGUGUCGGAAUCGAUCGAACGAGUUGUAUUAGGUGGCUUCCAUACAGGACUAACGCAUCACACCACGUGAUGGUGUAGUCAGAGUGAAUACUAGUGAAUUGUAGCGAUUGUAUUGAUUUUAAGUUAUUACUGCCCUUUUAGCAAAUAGAAUUUUUCUUCACAAUAUUUUUUUUCUCCAAUAUUUACAACUCUAAAUAAUUUAUCUUUCAUAAAUUAGGAAAAUCUGCAUUUCGAAAUAUUCUAAUUACCACAAAGCUGAUUUUUGUUCAGAUUUAUCCUAGUUAACAGAGUUGCAGUUUCGAACAUAGAUGAAUCAAACAGCAGUGCAUUUACAUUUCUUGAAGAAUAAUAUUUGAUAAGUAUUUAACACUAACUAGAGAUAAGCAUUAAGAUCAAAAUGACUGUGACGAGUUGAAGCAAAUACCACGAUUGAAUAACCCCCUAAUAUUAUGUACUACGAAAAAUUCAUGUUGCCCAAAAAUCACAAAGCCAAAAGGAGCUCUAGGUUGUACAUGUAUAGAAGAGAAAAGCACAACCCCACAACUGCAAGUUACAUACUAUUAAUGCGAUGUUUCGACAGCGAAGAAUGAAGAAAAAAAAACGAACAUUAUUCUCAUCGUAGUGUUUAAGUGCCAUCCGAGAAAAACUUCUGUAAGAUAUAAGAAAUGGUAACCCAAAUCAUGCAGCAGAGAAGAAAAAACAUAUUCGUUCGUUGUUCACUUUUACAAAGACAUCUGUAAGCAACUCCAGCAGAAAUGAACACCCAAAAAACUGAUACAUUCGAUUUGUCCCGUCGGUGAAAAUCAAAAAUUACUUGUAAAAUUGAUGCAGCUAAACGUCUAAUGUGUAGAAUGUGCAGACGUGAUUGGUAAAUUUCAGAAUAAAUAAAACAAAAGAGAACAAAA